UUACAGAUUGACAGAUAUGUUUCUAACCUAAAAAUAAUCAUUUAGUUUAAAAUGUCAGAUACACGUGUAAAAACAAUUUAUACGUCUUGUGGCUCUAAUAAAACUCCAAAUGUUCUGGAUUGGGGAACAAAUAAUUUAAUUUGUUAUGGUGCUGCAAAUGCAAUUUGUAUAUGGGAUCCAAAAGCUACACAAGUUAUUUGUACUCUAUGCAAACAUACAGAUCGUGUGAAUAGUGUAUGCUGGAUUCGAAAAUGUGAAGAAGAUAAUGGACCUCUAGAUAUACUAUCGGGAUCAACAGAUAAAACAGCCAUUUUGUGGAGAAAUAUUGAUGGAAAAUAUAUACCACACGUUUUGGCAGGCCACGAGAAUGGUGUGACAGUGGUUCAUGGAAUAUAUGUCAAUGAUGUAUUGUAUUUGGUGACAGCAUCGAUUGAUUCAACUGUAAAAGUUUGGAUAGAAUUAGAUGGAACAUUUUCCUGUAUACAAACCAUUAACUUUCCAUCUGGUAUCUGUAUAUCUCUGCGAGCACACAAAAUAAGUAUCAAUAAUGUCGAUGUACCUUUAUUGGCUUGUUCUGCAUCAAAUUCUAAAAUUUUGCUUUAUAGUGGACAGUUAAAUAACGAAAAUCGUUAUGAAUUUAAAAUAAUCGAAACUUUAGUUGGUCAUGAAGGUUGGAUUAAUGGAAUGGAUUUUUCAACUGAUGAUAACGGUGAUAUUCUGUUAGCUAGUUGUUCAAAAGAUUCGUACAUUCGAGUUUGGAAAUUGAAAAAAGUUGAUGUAUCAGCCGAUACUGUUGAAAACGAGAAAGGAACAAUUCAAAUUGAUAAAAAGUUAAUAACUAUUUCAUUAAAUGAGAAAGCACAUACAUUUACUGUUUCUUUGGAAUCCGUAUUAGCUGGACAUGAAGGUUGGAUUUAUGGUAUACAUUGGCAUCCACGAAUUAAUGGUAAACAACCAAUGAAAUUACUUUCUUCGUCAAUGGAUAGAACCAUUAUAUUAUGGAGUCAAGAUCCAAAUUCUGAAUUGUGGAUAGAUACGGUUCGAGUGGGUGAAGUUGGUGGAAAUACUUUAGGAUUUUAUGGCGGUAAAUUUUCACCAAAUGGAAAUCAAAUUCUAGGAUAUGGAUAUCAAGGAUCAUUUCAUUUAUGGUCUUUUAAUGAUGUUGAAUCUACCUGGAAUCCGGAUGUUAUUGUCGGUGGACAUUUCAAUGAAGUUGUGGAUAUUGCUUGGGAACCUCAAGGUCAAUUUCUAUUGUCUGUCAGUACAGAUCAAACGACAAGACUUCAUGGUUUAUGGAUUCCAAACGAUGAUGAACGUUGGCAAUUUACAAGUUGCUGGCAUGAAAUUGCACGACCACAAGUUCAUGGAUAUGAUAUGUCGUGCAUUGCAGUUCUUUCAAGAUAUCAAUUUGCUUCAGGAGCUGAAGAAAAAAUAAUUCGAGCAUUUAAAGCACCUACAACUUUCGUAAAAAAUUUCCAUAAUAUUUGUAAAAUCAAAGAUGAUAUUGAAGGAAAUGAAAUUAAAGAUUCAAUAUUACCAAAAGGAGCAUCUGUUCCAUCAUUGGGCUUAUCAAAUAAAGCUGUUUAUGAAUCUGAUCAAAAAGAAAAUAUAGAAUCUAAUUCAAAGGAAGCAUAUCCUGAUACAUCUUUCUUUAAUGAAAUAGAAUUAAUAGAACCACCUACAGAAGAAAAUCUAAUACAGAAUACAUUGUGGCCAGAAGUACAAAAAUUAUAUGGCCAUGGAUUUGAAUUGUAUUCAAUGGCUUCCACUUCUGAUGGUCAAAUUUUAGCGUCUGCAUCCAAAGCAACAAAAUUAGAACAUGCUGCUAUAUUAAUAUGGGAUACAACUGAAUGGAAAUUAGUGCAAAAACUUCUUUCUCAUAAUUUAACUGUAACACAAUUAUCAUUUUCACCAGACAACAAUCGAUUGUUAUCCGUAUCACGAGAUCGAAGAUGGUCGAUAUUUCAAAAGAUAGAAGGAACUAAAAAUCAAUUUCAAUUAAUUGCUUGUACAGAUAAAAAAAGUGCUAUUCAUUCUCGUAUCAUUUGGUGUUGUUCCUGGUCAUUUGACUCAAAAUAUUUCGGUACGGGAUCUCGAGAUGGAAAAGCUGUAAUUUGGGAGGCUGAUAAAGUAGUUGCUAUGAAGGAGGUAAAUGGAAGUAUCCUAGAACAAAAGAAUCAAUCUAUUACUGCGUUAUCCAUUGCACCUAAAUGUAUUAAUGGAAAUUACUUGGUGGCAGUUGGUUUUGAAAUUGGUAUUAUUGUUCUAUACAAAUGGUCUUUGGAGAAUGGUUGGACGCAUUGGAAAGUUUUGGAACAAGAAAAUGCACAUCAUAAAACUGUCAAAAGAUUAACAUUUCGUCCGUUAUCAGCUUCAAAUAAUGAAAACAUUUUAUAUUUAGCUAGUUGUGGAUCUGAUCAUAUGGUCCGAAUAUUUGAAAUAAAUGUUUCAGAAUUAUAA